CCGCCCAGGCUACGAAAUCAUCACUGCGCUCUUUCAAUAUCCCCCAACAAUCCCUCUCGUCGUCCAUGCGCUUCAGACCUCCGCCCGCCCAGGUUAGGAAAUCAGCCCUUCGCCUCCAAAGUCGGAGUGUUCUCUUGCUCAACGAAGGUUUAGAAGUUGUCUCAUGACAAGAUUAGGGGAAUAUGUAGACAGAGAUCUUUUUUGUGCAAAUGAAGAAAUAGAAAAGACGACGCAACAUAGUCAGCCACAUGAAGAUGAACUUUUAGAAGACAACUUGAGUCACAUACCAUGUAUUGAUGAACCGAAGAUAGGUAUGAUGUUCAAAAGUUUGGAGGAAGCAAUGAAAUAUUAUAGUGCUUAUGCAUUAUUCAUUGGGUUUGGGUUUAGAAAAGGAUCUAAUUAUUUGUCUAAGAGAAAAAAUGCCAUCACAAUGCAAGUAUUUACUUGCUCUCAUGAGGGUUUUUCUAAAAGCAAAAGGAAUGAGCCAUUACUUAGGGAUAACACAUUCGAGAAAAGUCCAUCGAAGGAGAUAUCUAGCAUUCAAACUGGUUGCAAAGCAAGUAUGCGUGUGAAAUUAGAUGAUGAAGAAAAUUGGAUCAUAUCAUCCUUUGAGAAGAAGCACAACCAUGAAUUAGUACCGAGCCCCUCAAAAUCUCGUUUCUAUCGGUGUCGGCGAAAGAUUGGAGAUGAAGAAGUCGACCUUAUACAAACCAUGCGUGAGCAAAAUAUUUCAACAAAGCAUAUUAGGGACUUUAUUGCAUUUCAACGUGGAGGGGUUCGUAAUUUAUCAUUCACAAGGAGGGACCUAAGCAACUUUGCAACACGCCAAAGAAUGUCUCUUUUUGAUAGUGAUAUCUCAAUGACUCUAAGUCACUUUCAACAACUACAAGCUGAGAAUCCCAUGUUCUUUUAUGCAAUCCAGAUUGAUAGUAAUAAUUGUGCAAAAAAUAUGUUUUGGGUUGACGGGAGAUCAAGGAUGGCCUACCAGCAUUUUGGAGAUGUGGUCACUUUUGAUACCACAUAUUGUACAAACAAGUACAGUAUGCCACUUGCACCAUUCAUCGGGGUAAACCACCAUUCUCAAACUAUAUUAUUUGGUUGUGCUUUGAUUAGAGACGAGACCGCGGAAUCCUUCAUGUAAUCAUACUUUAGAAAUAUAUUUUGUGCUUUCAUGUCUACAACGCAAAGAAGCGAGAGUUUCAAUGCACUUCUCAAAGGUAGAGUCAAUAACCAUACAACAAUUUAUGAGUUUGUCAUGCAAUAUGAAAAGGCUUUAGAAGAUCGAUAUGACGUAGAAGAGGAAGAGGAUUUUCGCUCUCUGCAAUACAAGCCAAGUUCAUGGUCUCCAAGCCCAAUAGAGAGGCAUGCACAAAAAAUUUAUACUAGAGCAAUGUUUAGGGUAUUCAAGGAUCAACUAAAAGAGAUAUUUUCAUAUUCUCUGAAUGAAAUGGAGCCUAAACCAUUAUACAAACUAGUGCAAGUCCCAAACUCCGACAAACCAAUUGCUAGAAGAAGAACUUAUAUUGUUAACUUCCAAGCCCCUACGACAGUAUCUUGCAAUUGUAAAAUGUUCGAAUUUAGUGGAAUGGUGUGCUCGCAUGUGGUUAAGGUCCUUUUGCAUCUUGAUAUCUUGGAAAUACCCUCUGAAUAUAUUUUAAAGAGAUGGACAAAGUCAGCUAAGGAAGAAAGUUUUGAUACGCACCAAUGUCUUAGCAUUGAAUCGUCAAAUUCCUCCACAAAGACUCUAAUGUUUAAUAGUUUGUCUCGAAAAAUAAUGAAAUUGGUCGUAGAAGGUUCCACAUCUAUUGAGUUGUAUAAUUUGGCAAAUAAAAAAAUAGAUCAAGUUAUGGGAGAAUUAGUAGCGACAAAAAAGCACUUAUUAGAGAAUAAAUCGGGGCAUGACGACAUGACACAAAUCCAAGGUUCUGCAUGUUCUCAAACACAAGAAAAUAUUAUUGAUAAUAAUUGUAUCGUGAGAGCUCCUCCUAUUUCAAAUUGCAAAGGAAAAAGAAAGAUGCAACGUUUCAAGCCUCCUUCAGAGUUGAAAGCUAAGAAGCAAAGGACUUGUGGGAAAUGUCAGGGGAAAGGCCACAAUAGUCGAACUUGCAAGGCCCAAACAACAAGUCAUGUAGGAAGCAUCAAUGAGGAAGAAGAGGAAGAUCCGGAAGACCAAGAAGAAGAGGAUGAAGAUGUUGAAGAAUAUUGCUACUAAUAACCUAUUCUAAUCUUUUUUUUUGUUUGUUAAUGUUCUUUCGAAGCUCUCUAGAUAUGUGAAGUUACUUUAUGGCCUUAAAAGAUUUUUAUGUUUGUUAUUUUAUUUUCUAGCAUUUUGU